AUGCGCGCUACGUCUUCUAUACUUUCUCUUGCUUGCUCCGGGUUCGUAGCCUCUGCAGCCGCCAUCCACAUUCCUUUCCACCGAAAGCAUCUGCCUUCCCCACCCAUCUCUCACUUCGUCGACGUUCGCAAACGCACCUCCUCGUCCGUUGAUCAGCUAGCUCGCUUUGACAACUUCAACAACACCCGAUAUGUUGGCGAGCACUGGACACUGCCGCUCGAUGGCAUGAAGGUAAACGGGAAGUGGUACAACACGAGUCUGAGCGGCCAGCACAACCUCACUGCCGUGCUCGACACCGGCACGCCCUUGACUUCAAUCGACUCUGCCCUCGUCGAGGACAUCUACGGGGCCUAUACUAGCCUCAUCGACGACGGUCUGGCAUCACUCGUUUCAUGCGACACCAUGAUCAAUGUCAGUUUCGUCUUCGGGUGCAUUGAUGGCGACUCUUUGGCCAGAGGUGUCGAGUUUCCUGUGAACCCGCUCGACACUGUUAUACCGUCAGGGAGGUAUCAGAACGGCAGCGUCGGGUGCGUGGGUGCUUUUGUUCGCUCACAGUCUGCGCCGGGUAACGGGAAUCUGCUCCUCGGAGACACAUUCCUCCGUAACGUAUACGCGCUGUAUAACCUGAACUGGUGGGGUAAGGAUGGGAACACGACGCUGCCGUACGUUCAGCUUCUCAGCAUGACGAAUGCAGAGGAAGCGGCAGCGCAGUUCAGCUCACAGAACACUGCACGACUGAACGCAUUCAACAAUGCGUAUCCUACGUCAGCCGCAUGGUGUACGCGGACGCCGCCCGGAUGGUACAUAGCUAUAUUUAUGAUCAUGGGUUGUCUGUCUGUCAUUACGUUCUGA